AUGAGCGCAAGCUCGCAGAAGAACGGCCAAACGCCGCGGGCUGGACCGGGAUCGCUCGGAGGUGCACCGGCCACCGCAAGCCACCUGCGCGACAAAGUUAAUGUGCGAACUUCGACACCAGAUUCCGAAGCCCUCGCUAGUUCCGACGAUGAGGGUGACCAUCGUCACGAGUCAACGCAACCUACCGCUCAGCCUUCAAAACCCGCCCGCCGAUCAUCCUGGUUGAACGACACGUCCGCACCAUUUGCCCGGCCACGCAAAGGGUCGAUUGCGAGUGGUUCCAUGUCGCCCACCGCGUCGCAUCCAACAACGCCUUCGGGCGAGACGGCGCCAGGCACCUGGGGCGCGCACUCGGCUUCAGCAGGACUCGGUCGCGCGGUGGGAGGGUCGGCGUUUCCGUGGACAAGUGCAAUUUGGAACAACGAUAGGAGGGAACCCUCACGAUUGAGCGAGGUUCUCCCCUCGCCAACCUCCCUUGCACCUCCAGGCGCCACCAGCAAUUCCAUGUUCGGGCCCGACGCAGCAGCCACUCAGACCUCGCCCAAUCCUCGCGACGGCAACAACACUCAGAUUCCCUUUGCGAUCCCGCUUCAUCCCACUCCCAAGACGUAUCGAUCUCAGUCCUACUCGGUUGGGCAGAUGGAGUCCGAAGCGAAUGCGCCCCCGAGCACCGGGAUGAGCUCAUCCACGCUUCUUGGCCGCGCGAGGCAUCCGGCGCUACAGCAUCGCCCUUCUCGGCCUAGCAUGCUCAGCGAGAUGGCGAACGAUGGGUCGAUGCUCGGCAAGGUCAAGGAGGUGGAAGAUGACGACGACGAGGAAAGCGCGCCCGAAUCCAUGCAAGGCUCGUUUCACCAGAGCGCCGAGUCCAAGACAAUUGAGAUGCUCACCCGCGAGAACGCCAUGCUUCGGCAGCAACAGUACAACAGGCUCCGACCUCGUGCCUCGACCGGGACCUCGUACUUUGGCAAUGGCGUUCCGCUGCAAGGGGCCGUCCCGGAAGAAUCAGACUUUGCUGUUGACGAAUACGACCUGGUCAACACUGAGAAUGGGGAGUCGUUUGCAAGAAGCGCCGCGACCCGACGUAUGAGUGAAUACGGUGGGGGCGCCGCUGCACGCUCUCCCUCUACCAGAGUCGACAGCACGAGCCUGAAGAAAGCGCUGUGGUCGACUUCCGGAUAUCCUCUCCUGGACGCAUCGCAAAGUCGGCGGCACUCCUUCGCCAACAUGCCGACUCGUCAUGGCUCCAUCAGUUCCGUCGCGGACACCGCCUCUGCAAUGGAAGGGGCUGGGCCUGAAGCGCAGCAAUAUCAGGAGUACAUGGGCGCGCUGCAGGACACUAGCCUGUAUGCGCAAACGGGAAAUGGAAGUACGUCAGCCGUAGGAGUGGGAAUUGCCAACGGUGAUGCUAACGUGUCAGUUUCAGAUCUAUUCAGUCCGAUGACUUCACAGAUGGGCGCCAAUGUGCCCCAGGUCUAUGGCAACCCGUACCAGCCAUCUUUUGCCUCACCUCACAUGCCGAACCGGCCCGGAUCACCACAACGCACCCCCUACGGGAUGGCCCAGCCGCGACAGAACCAGCUGCUGCACGUUGUGUUGUUCAAAUGCGCACGCGCCGACGUCUUCUAUAUCCAAGAGGGUACUGGACUGACGGUGAAGCCCGGGGACCUCGUCAUUGUGGAGGCUGACCGCGGAACGGACUUGGGUACUGUGGCAAAGGACAAUGUCGACUGGCAAACUGCGAAAGAGCUGAAGGAGCACUACGCCGAAGAGCAUUACAAAUGGCUCAUGAUGUAUUCUCAGGGAGCCGCGGUUGCGCAGGAGGGAUCUGGUUCUGGACCUGGCAUGCUUGCCUCCUCCAGCGCGACGCAAGGCAGCGCCGUGGGUGGCAUGGGGCCUGCCACGCAGCAUCAUAUGCAAGAGCCGAACGCCGGCGAGCUCCGCCCCAAGCUUAUCAAGCGUCUUGCGCAAAGCCACGAGGUACAUUCUCUGCGCGAGAAAGAGGGCCAGGAGGCCAAGGCCAAAAGAGUCUGCAACACCAAGGUCAAGGAGCAUGGACUUCAAAUGGAAAUCCUGGAUGCUGAGUUCCAAAUGGACUGGAAGAAGCUGACUUUUUACUACUUUGCCGAUGCUUACAUCAACUUCAAUUCUCUGGUCACCGACUUGUUCAAGAUCUACAAGACGCGUAUCUGGAUGUCCGCCAUCAACCCAGCGUCGUUCGCCAGUCCCACACUGGGCAUUCAAGCGCCUAGCGGCGUAGGACCCGGGGCCGUUGGCGCUGGCCGAUCUUCUGGUCACAAUGACCGCCGACAAGGUCAGCAACAGCCACAGGCGGCAUCGGCCCAGCAGCAGCCGCAGUCACAGCAGAACCAGGAGUCGAUGGGUGCCACGCCAACAUCGAUCACCAGUCAAGGGUCUCCGGCUCCCCGUGGAUUCCGUCCAGGACUCAAUCAGCAGUAUGGGAACGAUAGGACGAACGGACAGAGCUACCAAGGGUAUCCUUCAGCCAAUUACGGUUACCCCCAAGGAGGUGCCUUUGGCAAUGCCCGUACAAACGCCGCUUAUGGCCAAGCUACAUCUCCCGGGGUGAUGGACAAUUACUCCGGCGCCAACUUUCAACAGUUUGGCGAUUUCCAGCCUACGCGGAAUCGGUUUGCUUCUCCUCAGUCUGGUGCAAGUCCCAAUCCACACUCCCAGGCAAUAUCACCGUUAUCGCCAAUGGGCCAACAGAAUGAUUGGAGCGCCGCAUUCCAAGGACUUUCGCUGAACUCCCAUUAG